AUGUUUAGCGACGUCUUUAAUCUUUCUUUUCCGCAUCUUUCGUUUUACUUCUUUACACCCCCUCUUCUGAUCUUUUAUUUCUCUUUUCUUAUAACGACGACGAUUCUCCUCCUCCUCCUUCUAAUCUUCUUCUUCUUCUCCAUCUUGUAUUUUCUUCUAUUCCACUUCCUACCAUUUUGUUUUCCUCUUUUCUUCUUGAUUUUUCUUAUUACCUAUUCUUUAUUUUCUUCAAAUGUUCUUCCUGUUUUUUUUCCUUUCCUCUCUUCUUUAUUUUUUGUGUUUCCUUUCUUUUAUCCUAUUACUCUUCCUACCUUUUUUCCACUUUCCUUUCUUUUUCUUGAUUCUUCUUGUUUUCCUUCCUCUCUUUUCUUCUAUUCUUCUUUCUGUCUUUCUUCCUUUCUUGUCUUCUUACUGAUUCUUCUUAUUGUCUUCCCUUUCUUUUCCUCUAUGAAUCUUGUUCUUCUCUUAUUUUCCAUUCUUGCUUUCUUUUACUCUGUGAAGAUUCGUCUUGACUCUUCUUUCUUUUCUUCUAAUCUUAUUCUUGCCCUUUUUAUUUUCUCUCCCCUUUUUAAUCUUAAUGAUUCUUAUUAUCUUUCCUUUCUUUUACUAUAUGAUUGUUGUUGUUGUUCUUCUUCUGUUAAACUUACUGAUCCAUUUCCUUAUAGUUUCUCUUUUGCUUUUCAUUUUUUACUUCAUCUCUUUCUUUUUCUAGUCAUCUCUUUUCCUUCUACUUCGCUUUGUGAUCCGUUUUCUCCAUUUUCCCGUGUCUUCUUCCGCUUCUUAUUUCGUAUUCAUGUUUUUCUCUUCUCAUCAUCUCUUUUUCUUGUAUCUUUUUUUCAGUUGCUUCUUUCUCUGCAAUUGUCGUCAUUACUGUCUGCAAAACGAUUUUCUACAUCCCGUUUCUAG